AUGGCCUGCUGUGCUACUAGCUUCUGUGGCUUCCCCAGCUGUUCCUCCAGUGGGAACUGUGGCUCCAGCUGCUGCCAACCAACUUGCUGCCAACCAAGUUGCUGCCAGCCAAGCUGCUGCCAGCCAAGCUGCUGCCAGACCAGCUGCUCCCAGCCAACCUGUUGCCAGACCAGCUGCUGCCAGCCAAGCUGCUGCCAGACCAGCGGCUGUGGAACCAGCUGUGGCCAGGAGGGUGGCAGCGGUGCCGUGAGCUGCCGCACCAGGUGGUGCCGCCCAGACUGCCGCGUGGAGGGCACCUGCCUGCCCCCGUGCUGUGUGGUGAGCUGCACACCCCCAACCUGCUGCCAGCUGCACCAUGCCCAGGCCUCCUGCUGCCGCCCGUCCUACUGUGGACAGUCCUGCUGCCGCCCGGCCUGCUGCUGCUACUGCUGUGAGCCCACCAGCUGCCAGCCCACCUGCAGUGAGCCCACCUCCUGCCAGCCCACCUGCAGUGAGCCCACCUGCUGCCAGCCCACCUGCAGUGAGCCCAGCUGCUGCCAGCCCACCUGUUAA